AUGCUGCCCGCCAUCCCCGUUGAUGUGAACGCGCUGGAACUCCUCGAUCAGGAGAAUUUCCUUGCUCCCGGUGAGGACAAGGAGGAUCCCUUGUCAUUUAGGGUGAUAUGCUUGGCACAAUGCAGAAUGAAUUUGUUGCUUCUGGUAUUCUCCUCUUUGAAUGGACAAUGGCAUGUUCGUACUUAUGACCAAUGGGGUGUUUCGGCUACACUUCCUUUAUUUGUGAGGUCUGGGCCUGGGCUGUCCAGUCGUCAAAUCGUCCACGGAUGCUUCUAUUGGCAUUUGGAACUGCAGAACCAGUUACUUGUGCUUGACUUGCGCGAGAUGGAGUUCUCUACUGUCAACCUUGAAUCUGAGUCACCAGGGAGUAAAACUUUUGUCCUUGUCGAGGCAGAAAAAGGAAUGCUCGGGAUGAUCACUAUAGGUAAUGCCUAUGAUAAGGACAUGAAAGAUCACCGAUAUUGGCUCGCGUAUUGCAUUCUGACAAAUAACCAAUGGCACUUGGAGAAGGUCAUCCCGUUACUGGUAAAGGAUCUGCAUCUGGUUGGUGUAGCCGGGGGAUAUCUGCUGUACGCGGUGUACUGCAAAUUUGCAGAACAGAAGCUGGAGUAUCGAUACUUUUCGGUGGACCUGAAGUCUUUCCAGAUCCAGUUGUUCACUACACUUUGCAAACAAAUACCUGGACGAAUGAACGCUCCUUACCCAAACCAAACUGGACGACUUAUUAUGCAACAAUGA